UUGGUAUAAGCUGGAAUGAGCUGUGAGUCUGUUAGGAGCUAUGAUCACUUACCGAAUCAUUUAAAGCAAUGUUUUGCGUAUUGUGCCAUGUUUCCUAAAGAUUAUGAGUUUGAUAAGGAGACGUUAAUUCAAUUAUGGAUGGCACAAGGUUAUGUUCAAUGUUGGAGUCAAAAUGAAAAUGAAAGUUUAGAGGAGAUUGGUGAUGGAUACUUUAAUGAAUUAUUAUUUAGGUCAUUUUUUCAAAAGGAUAAGUAUUAUUAUAAAAUGCAUGAUCUCAUCCAUGACCUUGCACAGUCAAUAGCAGGGGAUAGUUGUUUUGUAGUAAAUGAUACUAUUAAAGAUAUUCCUGAUAGAGUCCAACAUGUGUAUUUUGAGGGGCUGCCUUCUAAGGAAUGCUUGAGAAAGUUCAAAAACAAGGGGUUGAGGACACUAUUUUUUUCUCGUGAGUUAGAUAUCAAUUUAGAUAGUAUUAUCUCAAAUUGUAGAAGUUUAUGUGUAUUGAGUUUACGUGGGUGGGACAUCAAUGGUUUGCCAGAUUCAAUUGAAAAGUUGAAGCACUUGAGGUAUCUUGACAUUUCAAGAAAUCAAAUAAUCCAAUCACUUCCAAACUGUAUUUGUAGUUUGUAUAAUUUGCAAACUCUAAUACUCUCAGGUUGUUGGGUUCUUAGAGAAUUACCGAGAGACAUAAGAAAAUUGAUUUGUCUUAGAAGUCUCAUGAUUGAUGGAUGUUAUAGGCUUGAAUACAUGCCAGUGGGGUUAGGGAGAUUAACUAGUCUGAAAAGAUUAUCUAGAUUUAUUGUGGGAAGGGAUCAAGGAAGGAGAUGUGCCACGUUAAAUGAAUUGAAUAGCCUAAAUCAGCUUAGUGGUGAAAUUUCCAUUGAAGGACGAGGAAAUGUGAGAAGUGCCGCGUUGGAGUCCAACCAAGUAAAUCUCAAGGAAAAGAAACACCUUCACUCCUUGAAUCUGGAAUGGGAUGACACGGGAGAUAGUGAUAGUGGAAAUAGUGAGUUGUUGUUGGAUAACCUACACCCUCACCCUAACUUGAAACAAUUGUAUGUUAAUCGG